ACAAGGUGUCGCGUUUAUGCGGCUGCACCCAAAUACACGCAACUCCCGCCGCUUAAUCGAGGUGCUUUGCGUCAAAGCACAAGCAAUUCUCUAAUUUCUUCCUCCGGCCUGCGAGCCGGUAGCGCAGCAAGAAUCUCACCCUUGGCUGCGAACGCCACUGCGAGCCCCGGGCCGCCGUUACUCUUCCCUUCAAAGCCCCGUCGGCUGCUGUCGAGCAUGGCUGAGCCGCUUCCUCAAGUUCCCGGCCCGAAGCUUGGGCCGUUUACACCUACUGCGCACGCCGACAUCGAGUUCAUCCAGGAGCUGGGCAACCCAAGUCUCAACAAGGAUUCACGCGUCUGGAAGGUUCGGAUCAAUCAGUCUGGCCCUGACUUUGCCCUGAAACUGUUUUACUUCAGCUCAGCCGAUUAUCUUGCCGACACGGCUGCUGGCGGCCUCACCUGCACCCUUGCUAACCCCCAACUCUACAUCGAUUACUUCGAUGCCUUCAGCUGCGAGUGCCGCGCCUACGGCCGGCUCAAGGAUGAAAAUCGCGAAGAUCUUGCCGUCCGGGCCCACGGCUACCUCUUCCUCACUCAGGAGCAGGAAGCGACGAUCUCGAAGAAGAUCCUUGGGGCCACCUACAAGCCUGAUCAUGAUGAAGCCGAGCUAGACGGCCGCAAACUAUGGAACCGAUGUGAAGAGCACCGUCAUCUCCCCAUCCGGGCGAUCGUCAAGGACCUAGCCACCGAUCCGGACCCCCUCUGGCCUGCAGCCCUGCCAGGAAUGUGGAGCGACGUGAAAGACUUGCACAGGCUGGGCAUCCUCGUCCGCGAUAUCACAGUUUUCAACUACAUAGGCGCGAAGCUCGUCGAUUUCAGCCGUGCCUGGACGUGGCCGCACCCGGCCUUCGUACAUCUCAACUCGUACUACCUAGACAAGGAGCGAAAGCACGAUCCGCACGCCUUGCGCAUGGCCAUCAUCGACUACGGCACGUGGAAACGCUGGGAUUGGGACAAGGUUGAGAUCCCCGAGGAGCUGACGAAGUGUGACUUGGGGUGGAGGCAGCACCACAAGACCCACGACGUCGACCCGAGGGAUUACGACUGGCUCCGGUGGGAGAAAGACCCGGCGGAGGCGGACGCGUUCCUCUCCAAGAACUGCACGCCGAGAAUUUAGGGACUGGGAGAGGUACGACCAAGCACGGCGCCGUGAGUGGAG